AUGGUGAACAGAAUUUCAUAUAAAUUGAAUGAAAUAGCAGUUACUAUUCCACGUAUAUUGAACAAAAUAAUUGGUACUGUUUCAUGUAACUGGGAUGAAGUGCUUCCUCCCGUUUCAUAUAAAUUGAAUGAAAUAGCAGUUACUAUUCCACGUAUAUUGAACAAAAUAAAUGGUACUGUUUCAUGUAACUGGGAUGAAGUGGUUCCUCCCGUUUCAUAUAAGUUGGAUGAAAUGGUUGUAACGGAUAUGACAUACAAAAUUGAAAAGAAGACUCGUUUAGACGGUAGGACAGUGACAGUUUCUGCUAGGGCUACUCGUGCGGCUAGGAGAUCAUCCAGGAUUGGGUUCAACGAGGAACAUGUUACAACGAGCAACCCGAGGAAGACAAUGGCAAACAUUGAGCGUGGUUGUUUGGUCAUUCAGUCACGAACACAUGCGAUUGAUCUCUUUCGAUUUGAGCCUCGUGAUGCAUGGUAUCUAUUAGUGAAAAGUACUGGGUUGGGUCAUUUGAGGGAAUGCAUGUUCCCUCAUCAUAAUGCACCAUUAAUAUCAGCUUUUGUUGAGAGAUGGCACCCUGAAACUAAUAGUUUUCAUUUACCAUUUGGAGAGAUGACAAUUACAUUACAUGAUGUAUCUUUGAUUUUGGGUCUUCCUAUUAACGGUGUUGCUAUUAACCACCCAAUGCAACAAAAGGAAUCACGAAAUUCACUAUUUUCUUUUGUUGGUAAAUUGCUUAAUAUAGAUACAAAAGAGAUAGAGUUUGAACAUGCACAUGGUGGAAUUAAAUUGUCAAAAAUUAGAGAGACUUUGAUGGAUCCAAAAAAUAAGUAUGAUGUGGAUGAUAUAGCUAGAGGCUUUUUAGUUACAUUACUUGGGUCUACUAUAUUUAUUGACAAAACUGUAGAUCGCACAUCCACUCUAUUAUUUCCUCUAGUGCGCGACCUUGUUAGUGUUAAGUCGUACUCGUGGGCUUCGGCAGCUCUUGCGUAUCUUUAUCGGGAACUUGGCAAAGCUACAAGAGCAGAGACUAAGCAACUGGCAGGAUCAUCUACUCUUCUUGAGGUUUGGAUAUAUGAGCACUUUCCAAUGUUUCGACCCAUGACGAAUUCUAACUAUUUGCCCGGUGAGCACCCUCGAGCUAUGAAAUGGGAUGCUCAGACUCCGACACCGAUAUUACUUUCUACACUACAACAACACCGAUGGAGGUUAGAUGACAUGACAGCUCAAGAGGUUAUAUGGGUUCCUUAUGGUAUCAAUGUAGUACACAAUUUACCAUUAUCAUUGUAUCAUGGGUGCAUUCGGUACGCUUCUAUAAUUGAACCGUAUAUGCCGGACCGUGUUCUACGACAAUUUGGAUAUGUACAGACUCGUCCUAUGUCUCCAAUUACACCAAAUAAAGAGAACAAACCGACCCAUUUUUACGCCAUCGAAUAUCCGGAAUCUAUGAUGUGCUUUUGGGAUGAUCCUUCAUCGCAUUGUUUAAGUAUGCACCGUCUAGGUGAGGAUGCUUCCAAUCCAUGGGAUUGCUCUUCCGACUACAUGCAAUGGUUUUUACAAUGUUCACAUCCAAAGUUGCAAAAUCCUGAACAUGCCCCUAAUGGAUAUAUGCCAAGACAACACCAACUUACUGCCGAAGCGCGACUCCACUUGAUUGCUCAUUAUCUACGUCCAGUAUAUCCUGAAGUACGAUCAAAAUUGAGUUUGGAGGACCAAUUUCACCAUAUAGACCAGGCUAUUGACGUUCUGUUGGAGUUUGAAAAAUUACAUUCGUCACAACGAUGA